AUGGAGCUGAUGAAUUUUAUAAAAUCAGUCUUCUUCUUCUUGCGUAGAAAGAAGGUGCAAAAAUUAUCCGAUGAUAUACAAGAAAGGAGUUUUUGUCAAUUGCCCGAUGAGAUUCUGGAAAAAAUCUUUUGUCGAUUGCCUGUUCAGUCUUUGCUCGGAUUAAGGUGUAUAUCUAAAUCUUGUCUCACCCUAAUCAGUAGCCCCUAUUUCGUGAAAUUGCAUCUGAAGCAAACGGUUAAUUCCAAGAUCAACCUUAAUCUGUAUAUGAGUUGCAUUAAUCGUGCCUCGAACUUCUAUCGUGUGGAUUUUGAUUCCCUAGAGAAGGAUGACGGAUAUCUUCAACCGGUAGAGGUAAAUUACAAUCCCUUGAGUCAUCUGAAUUAUAGGACCAGUAUUUGGGGAUCUUGUGAUGGACUGACUGGUUUGCCUAUCGAGCGUCAUGAUAAUAUAACCGGUUUGGGGCGCUACAAUGAUGGAUUGGUCUUCAUGACAUAUACGCUGGACAUCGUCGUUUUAUGGAAUCCGUCGUCUAGGAAGUCUAUAAAACUGCCUCCCACCUCGGUUGAAAUCCCAAAUCAUUCUUACCGUCACAAAUAUUCCACUUAUGGAAUUGGGUAUGAUAAAAUUAGUGACGAUUACAAAGUGGUGAGAAUUGUGGUUGUUCUAGGUGAGCCCAUCUAUUACGAGGAUAAAGUUUAUAGUUUGAGAACAAAUUUGUGGCAUAAGGCAAACAAACAUUCCGAUCACCAUCCGGAUUUAGAGACAUCGAUAAAUGCAAUAGCUGGUGGAGCGAUGCAUUGGAUGUCGGUUGGGAUGGAUGAUAAACUUUCAAUUCUUGCCUUUCAUCUUGGGACUGAGACAUAUAGGUCUCUGCUCGGAUUAAGGUGUAUAUCUAAAUCUUGUCUCACCCUAAUCAGUAGCCCAUAUUUCGUGAAAUUGCAUCUGAAGCAAUCGGUUCAAUCCAAGAUUAACCUUAAUCUGUAUAUGAGUUGCAUUAAUCGUGCCUUGAACUUCUAUCGUGUGGAUUUUGAUUCCCUAGAGAAGGAUGACGAAUAA